ACCGACCGCCGCCCGGGGCCACACGAAGCAGGAGGAGGAGGCGCCCACCGGGACCGCCCACCGGGCGGACGAAUCCCCGGCCCCCGAACCCCACGCGCCCCCUCGCCAGGAACACCAGGAACUGUCAAAAUUCAUCCCAAUUCCAUGGUUACAAAAUCCAACAAUGCUGCCAAACCCUGGGAUCUAUUACCUCCCCUGGGAGGUCGCUGCUGGCCACGUUCCUGAAGGGGGUGCACUGCGCACGUUCGGCAGGUUGUGCCUGUACGACAUGUUGCAGUCCCGGGUGAUCCUCACGGCUCGGCAUGGAUCUGACCAACACCAGGUUCUUGUGUGUACCAGGUUGGUGGAACCGUUCCAGGCUCAGGUGGGCUCCUUGUACAUGGUCCUUGGGGACCUCGAGCGCCAGGAUGAUGGAGGCUCCCUGGUGAAAGCCCGAGUGCUGACCUGUGUGGAGGGAAUGAAUCUGUACAAGUUAGAACAAGCCAUCCUGAAGCAGAGGCUGUACCAGCAAGAGAGGGAGAAUAGCAGCCAAUAGGAAACAGCAGCACCAACCCCCGCCCCCACACAUUCCUGCCCCUGAGGCUGAAGCUCCAGAGCUGCUGACCUGCUGCAGAAUAUGGCCUCUUCCCUGAACGACAACCAUUUGUCUGUAACCAGAGAGUAGAGGGGGCUGAUGAUUAAUAUAGCCCCUUCCUCUAAUUUGGGGUUGGAUCUGAAAUGAGAACUUAAAGAGGUGGUGUCACAUACCCCCACCCCUCCCAUCCCCCGCUACUGGCACCUCAGCUCCAGAACCCUGAGGCUGUACUUCUGGGAGGUCUUGGAGUGUUCUAGAAGGUCCUCCUGAAUAAAGGCCUAUGACUGAC